UGGAGCGUAGGAUCCGGAAACACUUAAGCGUGUUAGCUGGUUGUCUAUACAUUUGUCGACCAGGCGGCGUUUUUCUCGGCUGAAGCUGGGGUGCAGGGUCUGAGACGUCUUCUCUUCGAGUCUCCUGGGGUAGAGGACAGAGGCUGCCACAACCUGGGCCGCGGCCUGGGGCCCUGCCUUGGGGGCCCCCACUAGCUCGGGCCAUGCCUGCGGCCGCCGCCCCCAUUAUCAGCUCGGUUCAGAAACUGGUCCUGUACGAGACUAGAGCUAGAUACUUUCUAGUUGGGAGCAAUCAUGCAGAAACAAAAUAUCGUGUUUUGAAAAUUGAUAGAACAGAACCAAAAGAUUUGGUAAUAAUUGAUGAUAGGCAUGUAUAUACUCAGCAAGAAGUGCGAGAACUUCUUGGCCGCUUGGAUCUAGGAAAUAGGACAAAGAUGGGACAGAAAGGAUCAUCCGGGUUAUUUCGAGCUGUUUCAGCUUUUGGUGUUGUAGGCUUUGUCAGGUUUUUAGAAGGCUAUUAUAUUGUGUUAAUAACCAAAAGGAGGAAGAUGGCAGAUAUUGGAGGUCAUGCAAUAUAUAAGAUUGAAGAUACAAAUAUGAUCUAUAUACCCAAUGAUUCUGUACGUAUUACUCAUCCUGAUGAAGCUAGGUAUCUACGAAUAUUUCAAAAUGUGGACCUGUCCAGCAAUUUUUACUUUAGUUACAGCUAUGAUUUGUCCCACUCACUUCAAUAUAAUCUCACUGUCUUGCGUAUGCCCCUGGAGAUGUUAAAGUCAGAAACGACCCAGACUCGCCAGGAGAGUUUCGACAUCUUUGAAGAUGAAGGAUUAAUUACACAGGGUGGAAGCGGUGUAUUUGGGAUCUGUAGUGAGCCUUAUAUGAAGUACGUGUGGAACGGCGAACUUCUGGAUAUAAUUAAAAAUACUGUCCAUCGUGACUGGCUGCUGUAUAUUAUUCAUGGGUUCUGUGGGCAGUCAAAGCUGUUGAUCUAUGGACGACCUGUGUAUGUCACUUUAAUAGCUAGAAGAUCCAGUAAGUUCGCUGGGACCCGUUUUCUCAAGAGAGGUGCAAACUGUGAGGGUGAUGUUGCAAAUGAAGUGGAAACGGAACAAAUACUCUGCGAUGCUUCUGUCAUGUCUUUUACUGCAGGAAGUUAUUCUUCUUAUGUGCAAGUUAGAGGAUCAGUUCCCUUAUACUGGUCUCAGGACAUUUCAACUAUGAUGCCUAAGCCACCUAUUACAUUGGAUCAGGCAGAUCCAUUUGCCCAUGUGGCUGCUCUUCACUUUGACCAGAUGCUUCAGAGGUUUGGCUCCCCCAUCAUCAUCUUAAAUUUAGUGAAGGAACGAGAGAAAAGAAAGCAUGAGAGAAUUUUGAGUGAAGAACUCGUAGCUGCUGUGACCUACCUCAACCAAUUUUUGCCUCCCGAGCACACGAUUAUUUAUAUUCCUUGGGAUAUGGCCAAGUACACCAAAAGCAAGCUGUGUAAUGUUCUGGAUCGCCUGAACGUGAUUGCAGAAAGUGUGGUGAAGAAAACAGGCUUCUUUGUAAACCGCCCUGAUUCAUACUGUAGCAUUUUGCGGCCAGAUGAAAAGUGGAAUGAACUAGGAGGAUGUGUGAUUUCCACUGGUCGCCUGCAGACUGGUGUUCUUCGAACCAACUGUGUGGACUGUUUGGAUCGCACCAACACAGCACAGUUUAUGGUGGGGAAAUGUGCUCUGGCUUAUCAGCUGUAUUCCUUGGGCUUAAUUGACAAACCGAAUCUACAGUUUGAUACAGAUGCAGUUAGGUUAUUUGAGGAACUCUAUGAAGAUCAUGGGGAUACCCUGUCUCUUCAGUAUGGUGGUUCCCAACUUGUUCAUCGUGUAAAAACCUACAGAAAGAUAGCACCGUGGACCCAGCACUCAAAAGACAUCAUGCAGACCCUGUCUAGAUAUUACAGCAAUGCCUUUUCAGAUGCCGAUAGACAAGAUUCCAUUAAUCUCUUCCUGGGAGUUUUCCAUCCCACUGAAGGGAAACCUCAUCUCUGGGAACUCCCGACAGAUUUUUAUUUGCAUCAUAAAAAUACCAUGAGACUUUUACCAACAAGAAGAAGUUAUACUUACUGGUGGACACCAGAGGUAAUAAAACAUUUACCACUGCCUUAUGAUGAAGUUAUCUGUGCUGCAAACUUAAAGAAGUUGAUAGUGAAGAAGUUUCACAAAUACGAAGAGGAGAUUGACAUCCACAACGAAUUUUUUCGACCAUACGAGCUGAGUAGCUUUGAUGACACCUUUUGCUUGGCUAUGACGAGUUCAGCGCGUGACUUCAUGCCUAAGACUUUUGGCAUUGAUCCAAGUCCGUUUACAGUGCGUAAGCCAGAUGAAACCGGAAAAUCAGUAUUGGGAAACAAGAGCAACAGAGAAGAAGCUGUGUUACAGCGGAAAACGGCCGCCAGUGCCCCACCGCCGCCCAGCGAGGAGGCCGUGUCCAGCAGCUCUGAGGACGACUCCGGGACCGACCGGGAGGAGGAGGGCUCCGUGUCCCAGCGCUCCACGCCAGUGAAGAUGACUGACACGGGCGACAGUGCCAAAGUGACGGAGAAUGUGGUCCAGCCCAUGAAAGAGGUGUAUGGAAUCAACCUCUCAGAUGGCCUCUCAGAAGAAGAUCUCUCCAUUUAUUUAAGAUUUGUGCAGCUGGGGCAGAGUCAACAUAAACAAGACAAGAGCAGCCAGCAGUUCUGUUCCAGGUGCCCAGAUGGAGUUAUAAAAUUAACACCUAUCUCAGCUUUCUCCCAAGACAACAUCUAUGAAGUUCAGCCUCCUCAAGUAGACAGAAAAUCUACAGAGAUCUUCCAAGCCCACAUCCAGGCCAGUCAAGGUAUCAUGCAGCCCCUGGGCAAAGAAGACACCUCCAUGUACCGAGAAUACAUCAGAAACCGCUACCUGUGAAGAGACAGCAGGUCCCCAGAGUGGCGCAGAGGGGGGCCAACAAAGUCCCAUUUACUUAUGCUCUAACUUGUUUGUCUCAUCUUAAAAAGGUAAUUUCCCGUCAGUCCUUUACAUCAGAAGGCUUUUACUCUUUUUGUAACUGGGGAAUUACAAAUCAUUGGUAGUAAAGAAAUGACUGCAUAUUUUGCUGUCGUUGCCUUUGCUUUAUUUUAGAGAUACUUUGCUUAGAAAUGUGGUUAAUCUAGUAUCACACCGUCACACUAAGAUGUUAACAGGUAUUUAUUGAGGAGCGGCUGUGUGCCAGGCCCUAUGGUAGAGUCUGGGAAUAUCAUAGUAAGCAAAACAGGCCAAAAUUUUCCUCCUGUGUGAAACGAAGGCAGAGUAUUUUUCUUUGUAGUUAACAUUUUAAAAAAUUUAUUCUGAUGGUUAUGUUAACUUUAUGUCUUGAUUUAAAAAAUGUGUUCUUUUGAAAGCCCUCGUUCUUAGGAAAUAAACACUGAAAUAUUUAUAGAUAAAGAGACAAGAUGUCAACAAAAUGCUCUCCAGUGGUUCAGGGAAAAAGAACACAUGAUAAAGCAAAUGCAGCAAAAUAUUAAUAAAUGGUAAAUCUGGAAAACAGUAAACAGUUCUUUGAACUUCUGUGAAUAUAAAAUUAUAUCAAAAUAAAACAUUAAAAAUGUAUCACUGGGCUUCCCUGGUGGCACAGUGGUUGAGAGUCCGCCUGCCGAUGCAGGGGACAUGGGUUCGUGCCCUGG